AUAUUAGCAGAAUGGUCUGAAAGGGUUCUAAAAUGGGAGCCAACCAGAGUAGCAGAAACAUCACCGUGGUCAACGAUGAGGCCACUGGGGUUAUAAAAAUUUCUGACUCUGUAGUGCAGAGGCUUAAAGGUGAAAUAACAGGAGAGAAUAAAGAAGUGAAAGCUGAACCUGCUGCACCCCCCUCUGCACCUUCUCCACCCCCUGCUCCUGAACCAGCUAAGGAAACUCCUCCAACCCCACCUUCUUCAAUUCCUACUCCUGCUCCGGCUCCAGUUGAACCAUCUACUGAACAAAUACCGCAUCAUGUGUGGCAGAGACCAAUUAUCCAGUAUAUUGAGGAGCCCAGUCUCUCCGCCCUCAAGGUGAAACAGGAAAAGGAGGUCGAGCUCAAGAACCUAGAGGACUACUGGAACCAGAGGCUGGUUAAACAACAGGAGGAGCAUAUUGCAAUGGCUAAAUUAACGGAUGAUGAAUUUAAUAAAAGUUUAAAGAAAGUUGAAACUCUGUUUGCAACAUCAGGAGUACAAGGAGUAUGCAGGGAUGAGAGUGACGCUGUCAGGGAUUGUUAUUCAUCAAAUUCUGGAAAAUCUUUAAGAUGUCGGGACUCUGUGAAUAGUUUUGCUAAGUGUGUCUCCUCUGCUCGCCUGGCCGGUUAAAUCGGCAACGGCUGGACGAUUUAUUCAUCCUUUGACGAUACAGUCACCUUGUAGAAUCGGCCAUAAUGAUAUUCGGCCGUGUUUUAGUCGUAAUAGAAUUUCUGUAGCUCGUCGCGCUUAUUACCGAAUUAAUGUCUUAUUAUUUUCA